AUGAUAGGACUUCAGUACUCUUUGAUCAAGGAGCUUCCUAUUAUUCAGAAUCAAGAUGUACAAGAAGAAAGAGAAGAAGUAAGUGCUACAGUACAGGAUAAGCUGCAUUGUCUUGAGUUUGUUGAGAUACAGAUAAACUUGCUCAAGAAAAUUGAGCAAACCGUGACAAAACGAAAUGCCAUGGUCAUGGAUAAUCUCUCUGGAAUGGACGUUUCUGUUCAGAUCCUGAGGGAUUGUCUCUCCUUUUCGGAAGAAGCAGGUGCUGCUCCCCAGCAGAAACGCGCUGCCAAUUGCGCCACGGAAGCUUUCAUGAAUGUCAUGUGUAUUGUACACAACUCUAUCAAUUGGCCAUGUUGUGGUGCACGAUACUGGAAGGUCAGUCUGCUCGGUGGGUUUGUCCAGUGGUUUGUUGUGACGUGUCGUCCCGGUUAUGAGAGGCUGACGUCAACGGUUUGUUGA